AUGCAAGCCGUGAUGCUGCAGCCGCUGCGUGCACAACCGCUUGUGCCCCGUGUCGCCGGAGGCCGUGGCGCGGCAGCUCUCCGUCUCGGAGGCCGGCCCCUGCACUCCAGUGGCGCCAGGACAGGGCGUGCGGCGCGGCAGGCACAGCGUCGCGGGCUGCAUCGCCCCGGUGCGGUGCAGUCUGACGACGUAGCCACCGCCACACUUACCGCGGAGCGCUCCAUGCUGAUCAACAAAGAGGUGGUCCUCUUCCUGUUCCAGCUGGAAAUGGACAGCCAGCUGCAGCGCGCCCUCACAUACGAGCGGUUCGACAUGGCCCAGGAAGUGCGGGGCCGGCGCGAGCAGGUGGACGCCGCGCUGCGCGAGCUGCAGCAGCUCAAGGGCCCCGGGUGCGGGGCGCGGGUGGCUGGGCGCAGCGACCAGAUGCACGAGCUGGCCCACGGCGCCGACCAGCUGUUCUAUCACGUGCUGGUGGACGCGCGCGACUGGCCGCUGGAUGGCGACACCCCUCCCGUGGCGUAUGUGGCUGAGGAGUGCCUCACAGCCGGCUCCUCGGCAGACUUCUCCUCCGACCAGCCCCUGGUGGACGGCUCCUUUGAGCACCCGUACUCGUACCUCCUGUUCCUGGGCGCCGACGGCCAGGGCAACAUGGUGCCCGCCCGCCAGCUGCGGGACAAGUACUGCGUGGGGCGGCGGGACGUGUAUGUGCCUGGCGACAGCCGGUGGGAGGAGGACGAGGACGAGGGGGAGGGCGGUGGCAGCGGCGGCAAGGGGCCAGAGGGGCCCGAGCCGCCGCGCGGCGAGGGCGGCGCGGGGCGCCGCAAGAUCCCCGGCAUCGACAUGAGCAGCCUGGACUGAGCCUGAUGAGGCUGAGGCCUGCUGCCACCCGCGCACAGACCCGCGCGCCACACCCCCUGUACUAUGUGCCCACACACCUUGCCCUUUCAGCAGCAAGCCACCCCACCACACGCCUUCUGUUCAUGCGCGACCGUGCAUGGUGGCGCCCCCGCCGAGAAGACGAGAUGAAACGACGAUCCCCGCCAUAUCUUGCAAAUCUGCACCCUCCCUAUCCCUUGGUUUUGCUCCCCUCCGACUAUGUUUUCCUCUCCUCCAUUCACUUGCCAUAACCACCCACGCCCGCCGCCGGGGUGGGCUUUCGCUCCAUUUCAAGCAGCACCGCUGUGGCUUGACGACCAGCAUGUACCCGCCCCUGCCCCUGGCUGCCAGCUGCUGCGAGCCCCACCUCCUCUUUCAUGAUCGGAUCCAACUGUGGAGAGUUUUUCUUUGGCGAGGCUCGCCGGCCCCCUGGGCCCCUGCGCCUUCCCAGCCCUCUACGCGGCUUUCAUUGCAGCAGAGCCUCCCGCCGGCCCUGUCUCCACUGAACUUGAACUUGUCUGCAUCUCUCGUCCCAUUGCCAGUUUGCCCCUUUGCCCCCAGCACUGCACGAAUAGGCCAGAGUGAGAGGCCACUACUGCGCUGUGCCCGCGCUGUCGUAACUGCCGAGUUAC